ACUACAGCGCACUGGGCGUACAGACUCACAAAGGCCAAUCAACAAAUAUCUCUUCAUCGCUUCUCUUUGCUCCCUUUCUUUCUUUCUUUCUCUUUCUCUUUCUGUGUUUGUAGGUUUCAUUUGGCCAUGUUUUUAUGAGGGGGCCGCUCUUCAAGUACUUAUGCAAUUCCUUGGUAUCUUUGAAUCUCAAUGUUUCUUGAUCUGGGUAUCAAGUUCGAGUGUCCCUUUCUUAGAUCAUUCUUUUAGUCUUUAAAUUUUUAUACUUUUAUUCAUUAGCUGAAAAAAUAUAACCAAGAAAGAAAAAGAGGAAAACCCAACUGGGUUUGGUCUUUUUGAAGUUUUGUUUGCUUUCUUUAACAGAUUCAGAGUAAUGGGUCUCUGGCUAAGGAUGGAUAUGAGCUUUUACCAAAACCAGGAACAUUCUUUGUGCGUAUGAGUUUUCCUUUCACGGGAUUAUAAAGUUAUGGGUAGAGGUAGAGGAAAGGGGAAAAAGUUGACUGCUGGCAACAAUGAUGAUCCUGGAAGUGGCGAGGAAGAAAAGAUUCCAGCACAGAAGAGAAGGGGAAGGCCUCAAAAACCAUUGAAAGAUGAUAUUGAUGAAGAAGAAGUUGAAAAACUAGAGGAGGAGGAUGGAGAGAAUGGAAAAGCAUGCCUUACAAGCAAAGAGACAAAAAGUCCAAUAGCAGUAGAAAAUGGAAAGAAAAGGAAGCGGUAUUCACAGUCAAAGGAGAAAUCUGAUUCAAUGAAGGAAGAAAAUGGUGUUUCUACCAGAUCAAGUACUGAUGACUCAACUAAAUCUAAUGGAUUUCGGCAUAAUGGAAGUAGGCGGAAAAGCAAACCUCGUCGAGCUGCUGAGGCAGGUGUUGAGUGCAAGUGAGGUUGUGGUUGGCUGUUAUUUUGGGUCUCUUCUUUUGACUUACGGAUAAGUUACAAGAUAGGAAGUGAGCCCUAGUAAAUCUCUUUAUCGUGUUUUUUGGUUUAUUAUUUUGAUGAUCUUUUUGGCAAUUUUCCAUUUUUAAUUCCUUUUCAUUUUCAUCUGGAGUUUCGAUACUGAUUUGCUGCCUGUAAUUUUUUGAUAAUACUAUUAUGCUUUAUACGAUUACUGAUCUCCUCUA